AUGUCUGGCUUAACCAACGCAUGCGAUGCUGAAUCGACAACCACGAGCUCCGCGACUGGUAACGGCGUACCGACGCCCAUCACUGACACCGCAUCACUCGCAGACCACUCCGCGAUGGACGGAUGGCUGGACAAGCUCUCGUACGACCAGCCUCAGGCCUCCGGGGAUGGCCAGGGUAGCUCAACCGCCCUUUUUGGGUCACUCCGUGUCACUCGUACUUCUCACCCCAUGGCAGACAGUACGUUCCUCAUCAUCGACAAAUCCCAAAAUCGUGCAUUGGUGUGCCACAAUGGCCAUCUGCAUCUCGAGGACAUAGACGCCGUGAACUUUGACAAGCCUAUAUCUGGGCACUGGCAAUGGUUGUGCACGGAAAGGAAUGGCUUCAAAGGGUUCCAGAACGUUGCUGAGCUGGGCUUCCUAGGCCAUGAUCUCUGGUGGGAUUUCUAUGCCAAAAGCCAUCGUCACGAGGGAUGGGAGAGCUUCACGGUCAAUAGGCGUGAGGGAAAUUACUACUGGAUUCAGGCCCUAAAAUGGUGGACGCAUUGGCAACUGUCGGCUCGCGCUGACGGUAGCGGUCUUUUUGCAGAAAGAGAUGGAGGUACGCUUUGGGAGUUUGUCGAGCUUCAUUUGUAG